UCCGUCAGGGUCUCUCCGCCUCUCUCUCCUCCGUCUGAAGGGAGGACGGGAGAGAGAGCCUGACUCCCCCCUCCUCCCCAUACCGAGCCGCUCCGCCGGUCCGGGCCGGCAGUCGGAGCAGACCUCCGGGAAGGCAGCGGAUCGCGGCGCUCCUGCGGCUGUGGUGAAUGGAAGCAGGAGGAGCAGGGAUGAUGGAGACUCUGGCUCCUUAGUUUCUGGAACUUAUCUCCUUCCGUCGGCGACACCAGAGGAGGAGAGCUGACCUUCUGGUUGCAUCUGCUGGAAAUUUAUCUUUUAUUUCUUUAUUUCUUUUUUUUUUUUGGUGUGUGGGGGGGAGAUUUGAGGAAUUUUGGUUUUGGGGAAAGGAGAGGGUUUUUUUUGUGCCUCCUCAUCCCCCUCUUCCUCUUCUUCAUGUUUUCUAACUGACAGCUGGAUUCUGUGCAGGAUUUGGGGUAAAAAAAAAUAAAAAAAAAUAAAAAUAAGAGGCGUUUAUUCCCUGAACUCAGAGGAGGGGACCGGAUCUGGGCAGCAUGGAGCUGGGUGCGGAUGGAUGUAGUGAGGAUGUUUGGAGGCUGCUGGCUCCCGGGAUGAGGAUCCGGAUCAGAAUCUACCUGCUGCUGCUCUGCUGGCUGCUGGGAGCGCAGCGCUCAGCCCAGGUCCCAGCUUCGUGGACUUUACCUUCGCCCUGGAGCCUCAGGACACGGUAACGGUGCGAGGCGGCGCGCUGCAGCUGGACUGCCAGGCCCAGGCGGACGCGGCGGCGGCGGCGGGACCCCCGUCCAUCACGUGGCGUAAAGACGGCGUCCUGCUGAGCACGGUGGUCGACGAGCGGCGGCGACAGCUGGAGAACGGCACGCUGACGGUGCAGAACGUGGUGCACUCCCGGCACCACCGGCCGGAUGAAGGAGAGUACCAGUGCCUCGCCACGCUGGACGGCCUGGGGAGCAUCGUGAGCCGGACCGCAAAGGUCACGGUGGCCGGUCCGUUGAGGGUGAUCGUUCCCACUGAGUCGGUCUCCUCCUACAUCGGCGACACCGCCCUGCUGCGCUGCGAGGUCUCCGGCGACCCCACGCCUGUCAUACGCUGGCAGAAGAACCGGGAGGACCUGCCGCUUAGCUUUCAACCCGAAUCCCGGCUGGCGGUGCUGCCGUCCGGCUCUCUGCAGGUGAGCCGGGUCCAGCCGCCGGACUCGGCCACGUACCGCUGCCUGGCAGAUAACCCCGGCAGCACCAGGACGGGGACAGACGCCGAACUCCGAGUGCUCCCAGAACCCGGGCUCAGCAGGAACCUGCAGUUCCUCCAGCGUCCGUCCAGAGUGACGGCUCUCCUGGGAACAGACGCCGUGCUGGAAUGUUCUGCCUCGGGAUACCCGACGCCCAGCAUCCAGUGGAGGAGAGGAGAGGAGAUCAUUCAGGGCUGGAACAAGAAGUACUCUCUGCUGGCGGGCAGCAAUCUGAUCAUCAGGACCGUCACCGACGACGACUCGGGCUCUUACAGCUGCACGGCCUCCAACAAGAACCAGAACAUCACCGCGCAGGCAGAACUCAGCGUCCAGGUUCCUCCUCAGUUCCUGAACUACCCGACCAACACGUACGCCUACGAGUCCACCGACAUCGAGCUGGAGUGCGCCGUGACGGGAAACCCGCUGCCGUCCGUCCGCUGGAUGAAGAACGGGGAGGAGGUCAUUCCCAGCGACUACUUCCAGAUCGUGGACGGCACCAACCUGCAGAUCCUGGGUUUGGUGAAGUCAGACGAAGGAUUUUAUCAGUGCGUCGCUGAGAACUCUGCAGGCAGCUCCCAGGCCAUGGCUCAGCUGCUGCUCAGGGAGCCAGUGUCCCCCAGCCCAGGCGUUGCCCUCCCCUCUGCCCCCCGCGACCUGGUCCCUGUCCUAGUGUCCAGCCGAUUUGUCCGGCUCAGCUGGCACGCCCCAGAGGAGACCGGAGGAGGCGUGCAGACGUACGGCGUUUACUACUCUCAGGAUGGAGUUGACAGGGAGAGGUCAGUGAACGUGUCGGAGCCGGAGUCGCUGGAGCUGACGGUUUCCAACCUGAAGCCCGAGGAGACCUACAGCUUCAGAGUCGUCGCGUACAACGAGGCGGGGCCCGGAGAGAGCUCCGCCCCCCUGAAGGUCGCCACCAAGCCCGACCUCCAGGUCCCCAGCAGGGUGGAGUCCCUCCGAGCCCUGGCUCUGUCUCCCACCUCCAUCCAGGUGAGCUGGGAACCCCCGAGCCUCCCAAACGGACCCGUCCUGGGCUACAGACUGCUGUGGACAGAGAGCCCGUCCGGAAAGGAACAGAGUGUGGAGGUGAGCGGCCUCAACUACAAGAUGGACGGACUCAACAAGUUCACAGAAUACGCAGUUCGGGUUUUGGCCAUCAACCGGUACGGACCGGGAACCGCCUCCGACUCCGCCACUGUGACGACCCACUCAGACGUGCCCAGCGCUCCUCCUCAGAACAUCACCUUGGAGGUGGUCCUGUCCAGGAGCAUCAAGGUGUCAUGGCAGCCGCCGCCUCGCAGCGCCCAGAACGGCCUCAUCACCGCUUACAAGAUCAAAUACAGGAAGACUGGUCGCCGUGGAGACCAGGAAGCCAUCGAACCCAACAACUUCUGGUACCUGUUCACAGGUCUGGAGAAGGGCAGCCAGUACAGCUUCCAGGUGGCGGCCAUGACGGUUAACGGAACCGGGCCCUCCAGCGACUGGUACACCGCCCAGACGCCGGAGAACGACUUGGACGAGAGCCAGGUACCCGACCAGCCCAGCUCGCUGCACGUCAGGCCGCUGCCCAACAGCAUCAUCAUGUCGUGGACGCCGCCGCUCAGCCCCAACAUCCUGGUGCGAGGUUACAUCAUCGGCUACGGCGUGGGGAGUCCCUACGCCGAGACGGUGCGCGUGGACAGCAAGCAGAGAUACUACUCCAUCGAGAACCUGGAGCCCAGCUCGCACUACGUGAUCUCCCUGAAGGCCUUCAACAACGCCGGAGAGGGAGUCCCACUGUACGAGAGCGCCGUCACCCGAUCGCUGUCAGACCCCAUAGACCCAUUAGAGGACGACCUUUUCCACCUCUUUGAUAAAUUCCCAACUCCCAUGCCAGACACCAGCACUCCCAUGAUCCCCCCAGUAGGAGUCCAGGCUGUCGCUCUGUCCUCGGACUCGGUGCGCGUCUCGUGGGCCGACAACUCCAUGACCAAGAACCAGAAGUCGUCAGAGGUCCGGUACUACUCUGUCAAGUGGAAGUCCAGCUUCUCCACCAGUGGAAAGUACAAGUCUGCAGACACCACGGCUCUUAGCCACACCGUCAUCGGCCUCAAACCCAACACCAUGUAUGAGUUUGCCGUCAUGGUAACCAAAGGUCGGAGGUCAAGCACCUGGAGUAUGACGGCCCACGCCACGACGUAUGAAGCAGCUCCCAGUUCCCCCCCCAAGGAUCUGACGGUCAUCGGGCGGGAAGGCCGUCCUCGUGCCGUUCUCGUCAGCUGGCAGCCGCCGAUGGAAGCCAACGGACGAAUCACAGGCUACAUCCUGUACUACACCCUGGAUAAGAACGCGCUGAUAGACGACUGGGUGAUGGAGGCCAUCAGCGGAGACCGGCUCACCCACCAGGUGGUGGAUCUGAACCUCGACACCGUUUAUUACUUCAGGAUUCAGGCCAAAAACGCCAAAGGAGUCGGACCGCUGUCAGAGCCGGUGCAGUUCAGGACGGCUAAAGUGGAGCUUCCUGACAAGAUGGCCAAUGAUCAGGGUCGAGGAGAACACGCCUUCUGGCCUUCUGACACCAACCUGAUUGACAGGAGCAGCAUUAACGAGUCGCCCAUCGGUCAGAUGCGUCCUCCUCACGGCAGCGUCACGCCUCAGAAGAACAGCUACCUGCUGGUCAUCAUCCUGGUCUCCGUGGGAGCCAUCAGCGUGGUCGUGGUCACGGCGCUCGUCUGCAUCCACCGCUCGUCAUCCCAGCAAAGAAAGAAGAGGGCGAGCCACAGCGCCGGCAAACGCAAAGGCAGCCAGAAGGAGCUGCGGCCCCCGGACCUGUGGAUCCACCACGAGGAGAUGGAGAUGAAGAACAUUGAGAAAGCUCCCAGCGUGGCGCCGUCCGGCCGCGACUCGCCCAUCCAGUCCUGCCAGGACCUCCCCCAGGUGGCUCACAGCCAAUCAGAGAGCCAGAUGGGCAGCAAGAGCAGCCACUCAGGAGCCGAUGCCGACGAGGCGUCCAGCGGCAUCUCCACCCUGGACCGCUCCAUCAGCGCCAGAAGGGGAACGCGGGGAAAGAUGAUGAUUCCCAUGGACCUGCAGCCGAGCAACACGCCGGUGGUUAGUGCCAUCCCGGUUCCUACGCUGGAGUCCUCUCAGUAUCCUGGGAUUCUGCCUUCACCAUCCUGUGGCUUCACGCACAACAAGUUCAGCCUUCGGCCCAUGCCGUUCCCCAGUCUGACUGUGGACAGAGGAUACACGCCAGCGAUGCCCUCAGACUCCUCCACCACGCCUCUGCUUCAGCAGCAGCCUCCACCCCAGCCGGCCGCUCCCCUCCUGCCUGGCUGUGCUGCACCCUCAUCGGAGCACGUUCCCCCUGUUGGCCCCGUCCCUGGGGCCCCUGCUGCCUCGGGAUCCUCAGAAGACGCCCAAGUGGGGAGCAAUCGGACCAUCCCGACCGCCUGCGUGCGGCCAACCCACCCCCUGCGGAGCUUCACUAACCCACUGCUGCCACCUCCGAUGGGGACAAUCGACCCCAAGGUUUACACCUCCAUGUUGCCACAGUCCAGUGCCAGCCUCCCGAAGCCCCAGGUCAAGACGGCGUCUUUGGGUCAGGCCGGUAAGGCUCGCUCGCCUCUGCUGCCCGUCUCAGUACCGACAGCACCGGACCUGCAGGAGGAAGGAGGAGCAAAGCCUGCAGAAGAUUCGGCUACCAACGUCUACGAGCAGGACGACCUGUCGGAGCAGAUGGCGAGUCUAGAAGGACUGAUGCAGCAGCUCAACGCCAUCACCGGCUCCGCCUUCUAACCACCACUCCCAGCCCGGUGUGGCCCGUCCUUCAGCCACGGACCAGUCUGGAUGCUUUCUUCAAGCCUUGAUAUUCCUGCUGUCAGUUUUCUUGGAGCAGGGACUGGUCAGUCAGGGUCUGAAGAUGCCCCAGAUCUCCAUCCGUUUGGUUUCUACAGGUCUGGGCUUACAGCUGCUGGGACCGGGAUUACAAAAAGGGAAUUUGACAGACAAUGCAGACUCUACGGCAUCAACUCGAUGAACAAGACUAGCUUUGAGGGGAUUCUUUAGGCUUUCAAACUGAAACCCCUGCAGAUUCUUCAACCUCAAACAUGAAACUGGAAAAAAAAGGUCCAAUGCCUAGCGUCUCCACUCAACUGAACAGGAGGAAAGGAAUAUCACAAAAAAAUAAGACAAACUAUAAGAUCCUCCUGUUUUUCCUCUUUGUGGUAUUUAUUAGCAUCGUCCUCCACUGAGUUUUCCUGGACUCAGUUACUGUGACCGUACCUCGCCUGAUUUCCACAUUUACCGUUGGAAAUGUUCCUUCAUCACUUGGUUUUUCAACUGUGUGCAUUUGCAGGAUGUGGAUUUGGUUUGGAAAUCUACGUUUAGGAAAACAAAAAACACCUUUUAGCCA